AUGAGUGAUGAGGGGCUGUACAUGCUGCCGGAUGCUUAUCCCAACACGAUCACCUUCGCUGCCUGUUGCCUGGGGUCUACAGACUAUAUGCCCUUGUCCUUGGAGGCGCUUGGAGAGGUCUUUGUGGAUGCCACAGUAGGAACCGAGAGAGGUCCCAUGGGCGGAGCUCCAGCAGAGAGCUGGGAACGGUUUUUCAAAGACCUCUGGUGGCUCCCCAUCACAGACAAUAGAAAACCGCCGGGGCCCAGCCUCCAGCCUGCCCCACCUGGCCCUCCCGCCUUACCCCCUGGACACUGGCACGUGCCCCAGCCCCUGCUGAGGACAUACUCUUCUCACUCCCCCAUUGUACCUUCAAUCCUUGUGGUCCUCUUCCUAGCUCCAUGUCUGGCCCUGAUGAACAUCAGUGACAACCAUCCUCUGGAUGGAUCUGUUGGGACCCAGAGCAUCCAUGUCAAUGCCUUUCGAGGUAUGGUCAGCAUCCGAGACAACAAUGUUUUGAGUGAAUGGGAUGGAGUCUUGGACUACAAGAAUGCCCUCUUGGUGGCUAAGUUAUUUAGCAAGAUGGCCUGUGUCCUGGCCCAGAUGGAUGAAGCUGUCUUCCCAACUUUGGAUGACAUUGUUAAGGCCCUGGACCACCAGACUUCAAAGCAUUAUCCAGCUACUCACGGCCUGACCUACACUGUUUUACCCAACCGGGUCAAGAACUUAGCCCAGUUCGGAGCACCCAUCAAGGACAUGUGCCGAGCGGUCCCCACUUAUUUUGCCCAACAGCAAAAAGAAGGUACUGCACUGGCUAUUGACCCAGAUUCCUGUUUUGAAAUCCAAAUCCUGUCCUUCUUGGGACUCUCCAUCUGUGGGGAGAUACCUGGGCUCUGA